AUGUCUACCUCAUUUGCUCCUCGUUUUAUGACUAACGAUAAAGGCACCUUUGGUGCAUAUACAGCCUCUGCUCGUUGGCCAAUUAUUACCCAAAACGCUGUCGAUGAUAUUAGUAAUGAGAUCGGAAGAGUCUCAAAAUCAUCUGAUGCCGAUAAGGAUUCAAUUGUCCAACAAGGUGAAACCAUCAAACAACAAUUGAUCGAACUUCGUCAAGAGAUUAUUGAUAAUGUUAUUUUAAGAAAAUUCACUGUUGAAGAAUGUGAAAUUGCUUCUGUUCCAUUAUCCUUUAACGAAUAUUUGGAUACAGCUAAGGAGAAACCAACAUGGCUUAAUGCUGAAUGGUUGUUCUCAGAGAUCUAUCUUUACAGAAGAGUUAAUGUUCUUUUCAGAUUACAAGCUCAUGAACAUUGGAAGCAAUUCGAUAUCUUUAACGAUUUGAAACAAUCUACAUUUGAAGCAUCUUACUAUGGUGUUACUGAGCUGGCUUUAAGAUACAAAAAUUUACUUAACGAUAUCUCUAAAUUGAACAAGAAGGACACUAAGGAUCAAGAAUUAUUGAAAAUUUUGUUUAAAGAAUUUAUCGAGAUCUCCUUAUGGGGUAAUGCAACUGAUUUAUCCCUAUUGACAAAUGCCACUUUGGAAGAUAUCAAAUCCAUUCAAGGUGCCAAGGCAAGAGAAGAAUCUGAAUCCAAGAUUGUAGUUAAUGACACUAACAUUGCUUGGGAUGUUCUACUAAAGGCUGCUACAACUAAAGAAGAUGUUAGAGUCGAUUUUGUUCUUGACAAUUCUGGAUUUGAAUUGUAUGCAGAUUUGAUGUUAGCAGCUUUCCUUUUGCAAACUAAAUUGGCUACCAAAUGUGUCUUCCACGCUAAAGACAUGCCUUAUAUGGUUAGUGACGUUAUGUUAAAGGAUUUCGAUAUCUUAAUCGCCGAUUUGAGAGAUAGAAAAUUCUUCCCAGCUGGUGAAAACACUAAGGAAUCAAAUGCAUUGGAUUUAUUUGCUAACGAUAUCUCCAGCUUCCACGACAAGGGUUUACUAACGUUUGAAGCCGAUUCCUUCUGGACUACUGACCUAGACUACUGGAACAUCGAUCCUUCCGAAACUAAAUACCACGGUAAUAAAAUCCACGAAGAUCUGAAGAGUUGUGACUUGGUUAUCUUCAAAGGUGAUUUGAAUUACAGAAAGUUAACUGGUGACAGAAAAUGGCCAAGAACUACUGCUUGGGAAACGGCUAUUGGUCCAUUGUCUACUAACGGUAUUGCUGUAUUAAGUUUAAGAACUUGUAAAGCUGAUGUUCAAGUAGCUUUGAAGGCUGGUGUUGACGAAGAAUUAUCUAAAUUAUGGGAAAAGGACCAUCCAGGUCAAGGUUCAUGGUGGUGUUGUAGUGGUAAGUGGGCUAUCAUUUGCUUCUCUGACUCUAAGUAA